ACGCCAUGUGGUGAAGUUGUCAAAAAGAAAUGUCACACUCACACAAAGUCAUCAGCUUCAUAUUUUUUUCAUUUAUAAUAGUUGUCGAUAUUUUAUUAAAAGCAGUUUAUAGCAUAUCGCAUUUGAUAUUAAAUUUAUUAAUCAUUAUAAUAAAACCAAACACCAAUGUAAAUAUGAUAGAAACGUCAACGAAACGUAAACGAAUACCUAAAAAACAAACUAACCAAAGCGAGACUUUUUUAAAAAGAGGUAUUAUAGACGCAAACUGGCAGAAAUUACUCUCAAGUUCACUCAUGGAUAAGAGUGAUGAAACAGCCCCGAAAGAGGAAACGAAAAAUAACUACACAGGCACAUUUAGAAGAGCGCGGAAGAAAAAAAAUAAAGAUUGCAUAGAUAACGUAAAAAAUUUACAAGUACUCCAUAUUAAUAAAGUAGCUAGUUCUGAAAAUUCCGACGGUAAAAGUGAGUUACCGGUAGUAAAGGACAAUAUUAAAAGAAAUAAAGUUACAAAAUUUUUAGCAAUGGAUUGCGAGAUGGUUGGAGUCGGUUACGAAGGAGGGGACCACAUGCUGGCUCGCGUUUCCAUCGUCAAUAAAUUCGGUGAUUGCAUUUACGACAAAUUCGUUAAAGCGCGGGAAGAGGUUGUCGACUACAGAACCGAUAUCAGCGGAAUACGGAAAGAGGAUUUAUUGAAUGGAGACGACUUUGAAAUUGUUCAGAAGGAAGUUGCUGAGCUUAUUCGUGGAAAAAUUCUUGUAGGGCAUUCAUUGAAAAACGACUUGGGAGUACUAUUCUUAUCUCACCCUAAGCGUAACAUAAGGGAUACUUCAAGAUAUAAACCAUUUAGAAAGAUCACCAAAGGCAGCACUCCAUCUCUGAAGCGCUUAGCUAAAGAAAUACUGGGUAUUGAUAUACAGCACGGCGAACACAGUUCGGUCGAGGACGCGAAAGCCGUGAUGCAGUUGUAUUGCACCGUCUCCAAGAACUGGGAACAGAUGCUAGGCGAAAAACGUGGCUACAGCAAGAAGUUCGUCGAAAGUUGAUUUUUAAUCUAAUUGUUAAGUUUUUUCAAUAAAUAACGCGUGCCAAUAAAGUGAUUAUUUUGCCAACGGUACAUGUUUUGUUGUAUUUGAUUGUAAGGUCAGCAAAAUAUACAUAUAUUUUUUUGUAAUAAUUUUGUUAUCAUUUUAUGUAUUGCCAAUAAUAAUCAUGUAGACUGAUAAUUAUUGAAAAUAAAAUAUAUAAAUUAUAAAACAACCCUGGGGUCUUAUGCAAGUUUUGGGUUCAAAAGUAACCUAUGUGCUAUUACAGAGUAUAAAUAAUAUUAGUAACAAAUUUCAUUCAGAUCCUUUAAGCCGUUAUAUACCUAAUACCGCCCCGGCUUCGCGCGGCUGACAUUUUAUUAAGUAGAUAAAUUUUAUAAAAAUCGAUUUAAAUGGUAAUUUUUUUGUGAAACAGUUCAAAAUUUUGUCCAAGGCUUGUAGGUUUAAAUUUGGGUGAUAUUUAAAGUGCAAUAGAAAUGUGAAUACCGUGAGAGGUACGAGGAUGGCCGCCAUUUUAAAAUCUUAUCUUUAUUGGCACGGGUUAUAGCCAAAUCAGUUUUGAUACUUGAAUUGCAAUUAAUAAUUUAUUGGCUGAAUACAUUGAAAUCUUUGACCGAAUAGUCGAAUGUUCGCGCAAAUUAUUCGGGUGUACAACUCAGUCAACAAGAGCUAUUCUGUAAGAACAAUCUCGAAACUUUUCGCAGAAUACGAAAGUUAAAUUCCAGGAUGUUUUAUGCUACAUUGAAUAUUAUUGAACACACGUAUCAAAGUUGCGUAUCUUUUAACAUUACACUGUAUAAUCUUUUGAGUUCUUGGUAUUAUUUUUGUUUAGAACUAAUUAAACAAUAUAUUAAUUAUUGUAACAGUCCUCCGUCAUGGUGUAACAUAGUCUUCCGGCUAAUCUAAAUAGAAAUAAUGGGAUUAAGACAUAGACAAUUUUAUUAAUAUGAUAUAUUCUUAAUAUCCACAAGUGAGAAGUGAGCUUUUACAGAAUAGCUCUGUUGGAAUAGGUCUUGUCUAACCUUAUCAUAUAAUU